CUAACGUUCGAGUCCGAUGUUUACUUUGCUUCAAGUAUAAGGUAACCGUUUAUUCUUUAUAUAUAUACCUAACAUAUUAUCAUACAACAUGCAGAGCACGUAUUGAGUUGCUGUUUUACUAUUCGCGCCGACGUUUGAACAAGCGCAAUACGAAAGCGACCGUUGCAUGCCUGCGGAACGCAAGCGAUCGAUCAACAUGGACGAGAAGGAGGUGAGCUCCUUCAGCAGCAAGGAGCGCGAGAAGGAGAGGGAGCGGGACGGCGAGCGAAGGCUCCCGAGGGACAAGGCCAAGGACGACAAGAUGAGCGGCGGCAAGAAGGACGGGGGCGCGAAGGCGGCGGCGGCUGAGGAGAAGAGGAAGCGUCUGGAGGAGGAGAAGCGCAAGAGGGAGGAGAAGGACCGCAAGAAGAAGGAGGAGGAGAAGCAGAAGGCUGAGGAGGAGCAGCGGAAGAAGGAGGAGGAGGAGAAGAGGCUGCAGGAGGAGCAGGAGAAGAAGCUCCAGGAGGAGGAGGAGAAGCGGCAGCGGGAGGAGGAGGCGGCGCAGCUGAAGGAGAAGGAGGAGUCCCACCAGCUGCACCAGGAGGCCUGGGAGCGCCACCACAGCAGGAAGGAGCUCCGCAGCAAGAACCAGAACAUCCAGGAGGGCCGCCCCGAGGAGGCCUUCUUCAGCCGCCUGGACUCCAGCCUCAAGAAGAACACGGCGUUCGUCAAGAAGCUGCGCACGCUCACCGAGCAGCAGCGCGACUCGCUCUCCACCGACUUUGGCGCGCUCAACCUCAGCAAGUACAUCGGCGAGGCGGUGGCCUCCGUGGUGGAGGCCAAGCUGAAGAUCUCGGACGUGGGCUGCUCGGUGCACCUCUGCUCCCUCUUCCACCAGCGCUACGCCGAGUUCGCCCCGCUGCUGCUGCAGGCGUGGAAGCGGCACUUUGAGGCGCGCAAGGAGGAGAAGGCGCCCAACGUGAGCAAGCUGCGCACGGACCUGCGCUUCAUCGCCGAGCUCACCGUCGUGGGCCUCUUCACGGACCGCGAGGGCCUUUCACUCAUCUACGAGCAGCUCAAGAGCAUCAUCAGCGUGGACCGCGAGAUGCACACGCACGUCUCCGUGGUGAUCAGCUUCUGCAAGCACUGUGGCGACGACAUCGCCGGCCUGGUGCCGCGCAAGGUGAAGCUGGCCGCCGACAAGUUCGCCCUGGCGUUCCCGCCCAGCGAGAUCAUCAGCGUGGAGAAGCAGACGCCCUUCCAGAACCUGCUGAGGGAGUACUUCACGUCGCUCACCAAGCACCUGAAGAAGGACCACCGCGAGCUACAGAACAUCGAGAGGCAGAACAGACGUAUUCUCCACUCCAAGGGCGAGCUCAGUGAGGACCGGCACAAGCAGCACGAGGAGUUUGCCACCUCCUACCAGAAGCUGCUCGCCAACACUCAGUCCCUGGCUGACCUGCUGGACGAGAACAUGCCCGAGCUGCCCCAGGACAAGACCGUCCAGGAGGAACACGGCCCCGGCAUUGACAUCUUCAUGCCCGGUAAGCCAGGAGAGUACGACCUGGAGGGGGGCAUCUGGGAGGACGAGGACGCCCGCAACUUCUACGAGAACAUGGUGGACCUCAAGGCCUUCGUGCCCGCCAUCCUCUUCAAGGACAACGAGAAGAGCGGCCAGGCCAAGGAGAGGGAAGAGGCCAAAGAAGCCAAAGAGGCGAAGGAGGCGGCGGUGGCGGCAGCGGCGACCACGGAAGAGCUGGAGCUGGAGCUAGAGGCCCUGGACAUCGCCGAGGACCCCCUGGAACUGGAGGGCCCCGAGGAGACGGAGAACGAGGAGCUGGCCAAGAAACUGUUGGACGAGCAAGAGCAAGAGGAUGAGGAGGCCAGCACUGGCUCCCACCUCAAGCUCAUCGUGGACGCCUUCAUCCAGCAGCUUCCCAACUGUGUGAACCGGGACCUCAUUGACAAGGCCGCCAUGGACUUCUGCAUGAACAUGAACACCAAGUCCAACAGGAGGAAGCUGGUUCGAGCCCUCUUCACCGUUCCCAGACAGAGGCUGGAUCUGCUCCCCUUCUACUCCCGCUUGGUGGCGACCCUUCACCCCUGCAUGUCCGAUGUGGCCGAGGACCUUUGCUCCAUGCUCAAGGGAGACUUCAGGUUCCACAUCCGUAAGAAGGACCAGAUUAACAUUGAGACCAAAAACAAGACUGUGAGGUUCAUCGGAGAGCUGGCCAAGUUCAAGAUGUUCUCCAAAACAGACUCACUCCAUUGUCUGAAGAUGCUACUGUCAGACUUCUCCCACCACCAUAUAGAGAUGGCCUGCACCUUGCUGGAGACCUGUGGCCGCUUCCUCUUCAGAUCCCCGGAAUCCCACCUGCGCACUAGCGUCCUCCUGGAGCAAAUGAUGCGCAAGAAGCAGGCGCAGCACCUGGACGCGCGCUACAUCACCAUGGUGGAGAACGCCUACUACUACUGCAACCCGCCCCCCAUGGAGAAGACGGUGCGCAAGAGGAGACCCCCGCUGCAGGAGUACAUCCGCAAGCUGCUCUACAAGGACCUGUCCAAGGUCACCACCGAGAAGGUGCUGAGGCAGAUGCGCAAGCUUCCCUGGCAGGACGUGGAGGUGAAGAGCUACCUGAUCUGCUGCAUGGUGAACAUCUGGAACGUCAAGUACAACAGCGUCCACUGCGUGGCCAACCUGCUGGCCGGCCUCGUGGCCUACCAGGAGGACGUGGGCGUGCACGUGGUCGACGGCGUGCUGGAGGACAUCCGCCUGGGCAUGGAGGUCAACCAGCCCAAGUUCAACCAGCGCCGCAUCAGCAGCGCCAAGUUCCUGGGCGAGCUGUACAACUACCGCAUGGUGGAGUCGGCGGUCAUCUUCCGCACCCUCUUCUCCUUCAUCUCGUUCGGGGUGAACCCCGACGGCGGCCCCGGGCCCCUGGACCCCCCCGAGCACCUGUUCCGCAUCCGGCUGGUGUGCACGCUGCUGGACGCCUGCGGUCAGUACUUUGACCGCGGCUCCAGCAAGCGCAAGCUGGACUGCUUCCUCAUCUACUUCCAGCGCUACAUCUGGUGGAAGAAGAGCCUGGACGUGUGGACCAAGGACCACCCGUUCCCCAUCGACAUGGACUACAUGAUCAGCGACAUGCUGGAGCUGCUGAGGCCCAAGAUGAGGCUCUGCUCCUCCCUGGAGGAGGCCAGCCGGCAGGUCAGCGACCUGGAGCACGAGGUGCUGGUCAAGCUAGGUCUAGCCAUUGAGAAGGACGGCCGGUGUCCCAGCUCCCUGAGCGAGAGUGAAGUGCUAGAUGAGGAAGACGAGGAUGGCGAUGAGGAGGAAGAGGGCGGGGCCGAGACCGAGGAGCAGUCGGGCAACGAGAGCGAGAUCAACGAGCACGAGGAGGAGGAGGGCUCAGAGAGGGAGGAGGAGGAGGAGGAAGAGAACACAGACGACCUGACAGACUCCAACAAGGAGAACGAGACGGAUGAGGAGAACAACGAUGUGACCAUCCGAGGAGGGGGUCUGAAGCACGUGGCGUGUGCUGAGGACGAGGACUUCAUCCAGGCCCUGGAUAAGAUGAUGCUGGAGAACCUGCAGCAGCGCAGCGGGGAGGUGGUGAAGGUGCACCAGCUGGACGUGGCCAUCCCCCUGCAGCUAAAGAGCCAGCUGAAGAAGGGGGGUCCGGGGGGCCCCGGGGAGGGGGACGGCGGCGACAUCUCGGACAGCAUGCAGUUCGUCAUGCUCACGCGCAAGGGCAACAAGCAGCAGUACAAGAUCCUGAACGUGCCGCUGUCGUCCCACCUGGCCGCCAACCACUUCAACCAGCAGCAGGCGGAGCAGGAGGAGCGCAUGCGCAUGAAGAAGCUCACGCUGGACAUCAACGAGAGGCAGGAGCAGGAGGACUACCAGGAGAUGCUGCAGUCCCUGGCGCAGCGGCCCGCUCCGGCCAACACCAACCGGGAGCGGCGUCCGCGCUACCAGCACCCCAAGGGGGCACCCAACGCUGACCUCAUCUUCAAGACGGGAGGAAGCAGAUGGUUUGAGAAGCAGGCAUGGGGCGAGCAACAGGAGAGGCGAGACAGGCAGGCCAGGCAGGAGAGGCAGAGCAAGCAGGAGAGGAACCAGAGGUGUGAGGGGGCGGAGCCUAAUGCCAGCCAGACGAGAGGACCUGCAGUCUGAGAGACGGAGAGAGCGAGAGACAGACAGACAGAGAGAGAGACUGAUAGAGAAUAGGGUGUGAAGAAUGGGUCGUUUAAAGAAAGGAACGUGCUUAGUUUCGGCUGUAUGUCAAUGUGCUUGUGUGUUUAUGUUUGGAGUGUGUGGACGUUUGCAGGCAGGCUACAGUAAAUGUUCUCAAGUACUGAUGACCUCAACAAAGAGUUUUUGUAAUUUCUUUUGAUAAAGGCUCAUGGUUCUAAAAUGUAUAGUUGUUUACAUUAAAUGUGUUCUCCUGUUGCAGGUGCUAAAUACUCAAGUGAGCUUUUUUAUUUUGUCUUUUAAAGCUGUGCAGAAAGAACUUUAUGAAUAAAAAGAUUGUAUUAAAACGUAUAUUUCCUUUACAACAUUUGUGUGUUUUUUCCACACAUUUGUGUGUUUUUCCGUGUUUCUAUGAGGACUACAUCAUAUAUACCGAUAUAUAUUUCCUGAAUAAGAUGCUCAAACAUGACACUAAAACAAAUACCAAUGUUUUUUAUAUCCAGAUAUGAACAUGGAGGAUGGAGAUAGAUUUGGUUAUCAUUGAUAAGAUGUAAUGCAAGAGGAAAAUGGAUACUCAUUGAUAAAACCCACACUACACACACUUGUGUACAUGCAUGCCCUAUAUGACAUACCCAUACCUUGUCAAUCUUGUCAAUACCCUCAAAUGGCAUACCCAUAUCAUGCCCUUUAAGAUCUAUCCAUAUCCUGUAGAAUAUACCCGAUUCAACAUACCCAUACCCAGUUGAAAAUACGCAAUUUAACUUACCAAUAACCUGUUGAGCAUACCCUGUACAAUAUACACAAUAUACCCUGUAGGAAUUUCUGUGCAGAAAAAACCCUGUAUAAUGUACCCAUACCCUGUCGAACAUAAACUUUAGAAUAGACCCAUACCAUGUAGGACAUUCCUUCUGGAAUAGGCCCGGUAGUAUUUACCCUUUAGAAUACACCCACAGCCUUUGGGAAAUUUCCUGCAAAAUAUACCCUGCAGAUAAUACCCUGUAGAAUAUACCCUGUAGAAUAUACCCUGCAGAAUAUACCCUGUAGAAUAUACCCUGUAGGAUAUAGCUUGUGUAAUAAACUCAUAACUUGAAGGCUGUACCCCAGAGGACGUUUGUUCCUUCUGAGCUGUACUCGGUAGUUCAUAGCCAGUAGGGGCUUUCCCCGGCUGUACCCUGUAGUUCGUAGCCUGUAGGGGCUAUCCCAGUAGACUUAGGCUGAACCCUGUAGUCUGUUCCCUCUCGGCUGUAGCCUGUAGUUUAGACUUUAGGGGCUUCCCCUGUAGCAUGUAGGCUGAUUCCUGUAGUUUGUUCCAUCUCUGCUGUACCCUGUAGUUCAUAGCCUGUAGGGGCUUUCCCCGGCUGUACCCUGUAGUUCAUAGCCUGUAGGGGCUUUCCCCGGCUGUACCCUGUAGUUCAUAGCCUGUAGGGGCUUUCCCCGGCUGUACCCUGUAGUUCAUAGCCUGUAGGGGCUUUCCACGUAGCCUGUAGGCUGACCCCUGUAGGCUGACCCCUGCUCUCUGGGAAGCAGUCUCUACAGUA